CGCCUUCACUACCACAUCUGCAAAUCUUCACGUGUUCUCUCUGGCCCCCCUUACCUUCUCCAGUUUUAUCUCUUAACUUGUUUGUUUCUGUAUUUCUUCUCAUCAAUAUUCUGCAAAUUUUAUCCAAUUUUCUGCUUCUAGGUCUUUGACCGUUAAGAGAUAAACUAUCAGCUAUCAGAAGCAGCAGCAGUAGUUAAUUUUGUUCGUUUUGGCUGACAAAGAAAGCAGCUUUUGUGAAAACACUAUAACUACUUAGCUAGUAUAUACAAGAGUUCUAUAUACAUAACUAAUUAUAUUACUAUGGAGAACAAGAACCAAGUGGGUGGUGGUGGUUCAAGCCAUGCCUCUUCUUCUUCUUCCAGGACUCUGGAUCAUCUCUUUGGCCCUAAGGACUCUUCUUCAUCUUCUUCAUCCUCCUUGUUUGGCUCUAUUUUCCCACCACCACCAUCAGCGGGACUUGGGAGCAGUGGCAAGUACGGAAAUCCAAGCGCUUUGGAUAAUAAGAGCCAAGGGUUUUACACCAGCAAAGGUGAAAGCACGAAAGGCGCAAGCAAAGAUUCCAUGAUAUAUCAAAAUGAAGCUGUGGAGCCAUGCAACUUCAGCUCCUCAAUCUACUAUGGUGGCCAAGAAAAUUAUAGUCCAAGAACUGGGACGACCACUGAAUCCCACCAGCACCACCUUUCUAAGAAAGAUGGGGGUGAUGAUGAUGCAAAUGGGAAUAAUUCAAACGGUGCUUCAAGGGGAAACUGGUGGAAGGGUUCACUUUAUUACUAACUCUUUCCUGUGCGUUUUAUGUGAACUCACCACCUUUUAGCAGAGGGUGAGAUCCCAGUAUGAACAUCUACCUUAAAGACUAUGUAUGGAAAAUAAGAUGGUGUGUGUUAUAUAGAGUACAUAUAUAGCAUGGUAGAUAUAGUGCAGAAGAGCCAGGACUGAUCCAGAAACUUAGCUUGUUGGGUCUUUUUAUCCCAGUUGGGCAAGUUAUGUAAUAUAUACCAGCUAAUUAAUGUUUCAUGUACUUUGUUUUGUUUUGUUAGAGAGAACUUUCAUCUACUUAAUUUAGACACUCUGUUUUUAACAUU